AUGCCUAAAGAUAAAGAACGCUCAGUCAACCCCGCGCAAGCUCAACGCAAACUAGAAAAACAAAAAGCGCUCAAAAAGGGCAAAGCCGAAGCCGCUGCCCGUCGCAACGAGAAGCUUGCGCGUCGUAACCCGGAGCGGAUACAGCGGCAGAUCAAUGAUCUGAAGGGCGUAGAAGAGUCGGGCCAACCGCUGCGGCCGCGGGACAAGCAAGUGCUAGAGGAGUUGGAGCGGGAUUUGAAGGCGGUGCUGAAAGCGAGGGAGGCGUUGGGUGACAAGGCGCCGCAGUUUGCGAGAGCGCAUCAUCAUCAGCAAUAUGAGAAUAAUACGAAUAGACAGAAUACCUUGGGAAAGAGGCGGAGGGAAGAUGGUGGCCAUCACCAACAAUGGCGACACGACCAGGAAAGUGAAGGCAGCGACACAGACGAAAGUGUUCGUAAUAUUCCCAUGCCGAGCGAUACACCACCUCCAAUCCCCCACGAGUUCCGAAGGCGGGGUUUCCAUCCUACUUCUGAAAAGGACCAGGGGCCCCGUCAGCCACAUGCAUUACCUGCGAAACCGGAUGCAACAGCUGCAACGCCGGCUGCACAAACAGUCUAUGAAUCUGCACCUGUCAUUCGGGAUCUCAAAAAGGAAGCUGUAAGCAAAUUUGUCCCGGCUGCAGUGCGCAAACAGCAAGAUGCCAUCAGGGGUCAGGGGAAGUUGGUUGAACCGGAAGAAAUGGAUAGGUUAGAAAAGGCUGGUUAUGUACCGACAGGCAAGAAGGAAGAUGCUCAUCAAACCGGAGACGAGGAAGAAGAUCCGGAAGAGAUUUUGAGGAGGAUUGAGGAAGAGACAAGAGCUCAAUCGUCGAAUCGGAGACACAAUGUAGAUAUCGAGGAGAUUACUGAUGAGGAUGAUAUGUGA